AUGGCCUUAGGGAGUUCCUCUGUAGCGGGCCUUCCUUUAACCUUUCUACCUUUGUUUUUCUGUAGGCCGUAUGGGAACACACUUAUCACUACCAGUUAAUUGCCUUGAAACCCUUAAUCCAGGCCACAGAUUCUAAACUGCCAAACUUCUUUUUUACUUUGGAAUGUGUAUCUAACAGCGACCAAUCACUUCCCCUAUUUUUUUCACUUGGGAUUUGUAUUUAGGACUUGCAGACUGGUAUCUGAAUCAGUAACAUCUGCAGCUGAAAGGGCAACUGGACUGGGAGUAUUAAAGAACUAGACACACUUUUUUUUUCAACUUUUUUAUCUUUCUUUCCUUCUGAGGGCAUAACUUUCAGACUUGUAUACCUAUUAUUUCUUCUAUGAUUUGAUGUUUGAAACCUUUAAUGAAGUUGAAAAGGACCACAAGAAACAGGGAUCAAAAAUUCACAAAAAUGAUGGAGAAGAUACAGAAGAUCUGAAACAGGCAAUGCAACUGAACCUCAACAAAUCACGUAGACAAUGAUAAAAGUUCAGAGCAGUCCAGUUCUGCACAACGAUUAUGUUAUACUUCCUUCUUAAAUCUUUACAUUAUUUUUUCGUACUUGACAACAGAAAGAAGAAAUAAUUUAAUCAACAAUCUAUAAUCCUUGCACUCUUGAUGGAAGUAAUAGAUUGUUACAAAGGCUACAUUUUUUGCAAAGAAAACAGAAUAAAACAUUAGUCUGGAGCUAUAUAAUUUCACUUUAAAAUGCAUUAUUUGAUAAAUGAAGUCUGAAUAAGCAUAUGAAUAAUUUGUAAUCUACAAAACAAGGAUCGGGUUCAUUGUAAUACUGGUUUGAAGAUGGAUUCUUUUGGUGAUUUUUGGAGUCUUCUGAUGCUAAUGUUCUUAGCUAAUCUUGGAUUUACGAAGACAGAAAAUCUAGUAAAUGUUAACAAAGGCAUACAAGUUGAGCGUGGACGGGUCGCUUACGUAACAGAAAAUGAAUUACAAUUUAACAUUCCUAAGGACAGAGAUUCUUGUAAAGUGGAAGUAGUACAGAAUGAACCAAUUACACAAAGAGUUGGAAAACUUAUUCCUCAGGUUUUCGACUGCCACUUCUUACCUGAUGAAGUGAAAUAUAUUCACAACGGUUCUCCUCUUUUGGAAGAAGACAUCGUGAUGCUAAGACUGUAUAGGUUUUCUAAGUCUGAUACAACAAUGGAAACAUUUACUCUGAAGGUGCAGAUCAUUGAGCCACAAAACAGGAUCGUAACUGUGGUAGUAUCUCAUCUUGAAGUUCCAGAAUUCUAUGGCAUUUCAAACCCAUUAGAUGGAGAUGUUUUGACAGUUCAGUAUGUUGGUGGGAGACCAAAUGUUAUCUGUACUGUACGAAUAAUGUCAAAAGAGACAUUUGUUCCAGCUCACGGACAACUAGUUACAGAAGAUCCCACAUACCAAAAACGUGGAGAUGUGCCAGACUUCCAUUCAACAGCCAAAACAAAUAAAGUUAGGAGAUCCAAACUGCACUGCCCUGGUAACAAAGCCUGCCUUCCAGGGUAUAAGGAAGUGAAUUUCCUGAAGGCCAGCUGUGAAGAUUUUCUACGGAUGGGUUUGAAAUAUCAACACCUUACUCCUCCUUCACCAGAUAUUGAUUAUAUUCCACUCCAGGUAGAACUGAGGGAUAGCAAAAGCAGAGUCCUACUGCAGACACAGAAUAUUUGGAUACCAGUCAAAAUUAAUCAAGCAGUUCCAAAUAUGCAACCUCAAGCAGCAUUCAUGUCCAUGUUUAUAUUGGAGGCCGAUCAGUUUAUUCUUACUCCACUAACGACUGCAGUUAUCGAUGCAAGAGAUGAUGAAACUCCGAAGGACAAUCUUGUGUUCAACAUCACAAACCCACCAGUGGAAGGAUAUAUCACACAUCUAGAUGACCAUACCAAACCCAUUACAUCAUUCAUUUGGCAAGAUCUACAUGAAAUGAAGAUAGCUUACCAGCCAUCUAAUGGCAGCCAUGCAGAAAGAAAGAAUUUUGAGGUUGAGUUUCAGGUUUCUGAUUCUGCUUUCAAGAACAGCCCCACGAUCAUGGUUCAUUUCUCCAUUAGAUCUACAGAAACAAAUGCUCCUAGGGUCUCAUGGAAUAUGGGACUGGAUAUACUAGAAGGACAGUCACAUCCAAUUACAUGGGAGAAAUUUCAGAUUGUUGAUAAUGACAACAUCGAUGCUGUUCGUUUGGUGACUGUUGAAGGCUUACAGCAUGGACGACUCACAGUAAGAGGUGGAAAAGGCUUCAUGUUCACAGUAAAGGACAUCAAAGAAGGUGUCGUCCAUUAUCAUCACGAUGACAGUGACACGACCAAAGACUUUAUAGUGUUUAGAAUAUUUGAUGGAAAGCACAGUAUAAGGCAUAAGUUCCCUAUCAACAUUCUACCUAAAGAUGACAGUCCUCCUUUUCUAAUCAACAAUAUCGAUUUUGAGUUAGCAGAGGGAGGUACCAUCUUGAUUCAAGAACACAUGCUACUGGCUUCUGAUUUUGACUCAAGCGAUGAUUAUAUCCUUUACAAUAUUACCAUUGCACCAGCAGCUGGGCAGAUUCUGAAGAAACUUAAUCUAGAUGGUCCAGGUGUUCCUGUUUCAAGUUUUUUGCAACGGGAUCUAUAUCAUGGACUUAUUUAUUAUCAUCAUCUUGGAGGUGAGAUCUUCAAGGACUUCUUUGAGUUUAUCCUGUCUGACAGUCAUGAACCUCCUAAUCUUUCUGAUAAACAUAGUGUUACAAUUCAUAUUAUACCAGUCAAGGAUCAGCUUCCACAGGAAGUUUCUGGGGUAUUACGUCAUCUUGUUGUCAAAGAGACAGAUAUUGUGUACUUCACAAAACAUCAUCUCAAUUUUGUAGACCCUGAAUCACCAGAAAAUGAUUUGAUGUACAUUGUCACUAAACCAUGCUUUUCUCCUGGACUAUCAAGAGCAUAUGAUGCUGGCAAAGUAAUCUUUACAGAUAAACUACCUUCAAUGAAAAAGGAUCCAACCGCCCCUUUGUUGAGGUCUUUUUCACAGCAUGCUGUGAACCAUUUAAAAGUGGCAUACAUGCCCCCAGACGAAGAUAUAGGGCCUGACCCACUUUUUGUGCAGUUUGAAUUCUCUGUUAACGACCAGCAGGGAGGAAUGGUGUCUGGACUUGUCUUUAACAUUACUGUCAUGCCUGUGGAUAACCAAGCACCCAAGAUGUUUACUAAUGCCAUACAAGCUGAAGAAGGAGCCACCAGUUACAUUACAGACAAGAACCUUGUCAUAGAAGACACAGACACAAGGCUGCAUGAUGUAAGAGUUCAGCUUCGAAAGAAACCUCAUCAUGGGGAUGUUUUGUUACACGGUCAUGUUUUGCUGGAAGGAGAUUACUUCACCACUGAAGACGUGAAAUCCUUCAAAGUCAGCUACCGGCAUGAUGAUUCUGAAAGCCUUGAAGACUUGAUCGGAUUUAGAGUGACAGAUGGGAAUAACACUUCGGAUGGAGUACUGAAUGUGAAGGUUAUACCUGUCAAUGAUGAACCCCCAGAGCUUCAUUCUGAUUUAAAAUCAGGACUGCAGUGCCCAGAAGGCGGCCAUGUCAUUAUAACUGCUGAGUAUCUUUAUGCAAAGGAUGAAGACAGUGAUGACAACAAACUAACAUACAUGAUUGCACGUGUUCCUUUGUAUGGAGUUGUGAAGAAGGAAAAGGUAGCAGUGGACAAGUUCUCCCAACUAGAUGUCAUCCAGGGCCUUGUGUCAUAUACACAUACAGGUGGAGAAAUAGGAUGCACCCCUCAUGUGGAUACUGUGACACUAAUUGUCUCUGAUGGAGAAGCUGGUACAAUUGAGAGUUGCUGCUUUGAUGGGCCACAUCCUCCUCCAAUUCCACUUCAUGGAAACCUUCCUGUGUAUGACCUUAACAUUACAGUUCUGCCAGUUAAUAAUCAAGCUCCUACAGUCAAAGCUGGAGAAGUCUUCAUGGUGGAUGAAGGGUCAACAGCAUGUCUCACAGCUGACUAUUUAAAUGCACUGGAUGAGGAUACACUUCCUGAAGAAAUAAAAUUCAUAUUAGAAACUAGUCCUGCAUAUGGCUACCUGGAAAAUACCCUUCCAUCUCCAGGCCAUGAGAAGAGCAAUUCUGGAAUUCAGAUAGCUGAUUUUAAUCUUCACCAUCUGCUGGCUGGUUACAUAAACUAUGUGCAGUCAAACCACACAGGUGUUGAACCCAGAACUGACCAGUUCAUGAUUUCUGUCACUGAUGGUGUUCACAAGUCAGUGGUGAUGCCCUUCUUUAUUGUUAUCAAUCCAGCUAAUGAUGAAAGCCCAGAACUGCAGCUUAACAACAUAACGAUUAUGGAAGGAGAUAUUUGUGAGCUUGGCCCUGCUACAUUAAAUGCUCUCGACAUUGAUUCACCUGCUGAUACUCUGUACUUCUCCAUUGUGAAGCCACCAGUACAUGGGCUUAUAUUAAAUGGAAUCUAUGGCAGUAACAUAGAACGAUAUAAACAGAUGAGCUCAACAAUGCUGCACCGUGAUCUGUCUGUGCAGAGCUUUAUUAUGGAUGAACUGAAGCAAGGAAUGACCCUAAUGUACUUGCAUGAUGACACUGAGUCUCUGAAGGAUAGUUUCACCAUUCAGCUGACAGAUGGGAAGUACACAGUCCAAGGGACUGUAUAUGUUCACGUUAUACCAAUCAAUGAUGAAAGACCUCAACUAUACAGGAACACAGGUUUGGAAGUGAAUGUUGCUGAAAGUAAAGUAAUCUCCAGUGUAGCACUGGAGGCAGAAGAUAAAGAUACACCAAGAAACAAACUAUAUUACAUCCUUAGCAAUGAGCCUAAGUUUGGACAGCUCAGCUUAAAGGGUCACUUAGAAUGGCUUAUUCUGCAUUCUGGGAUGAAUUUUACACAAGAAGAUGUGGAUAUGAAUCAGAUCUGGUACCGACAUAUACCAAAUCAGGAUUUAAAAAGACAUGACGGCUUUCACUUUUUUGUUACUGAUGGAGAAAAUAAUUCCCCUUCUGAGAUCUUCUACAUCUCUAUCAAAAUGUCAGAAAAAGGUGACAUUGUUCUACUCACCAAACCUGUAACUUUAACAGAGGGUGACAGGGUGACCUUGAUGACAGAUGUUCUCAUGGCAACAGAUGGCUCUGGCAAACCGGAGGAGCUGCUGUAUGCCGUCUCAGUGCCACCUGUGCAUGGCCAGAUUGAGUACAUCAAUUAUCCCGGUGUGCCCAUUUCCAGUUUCAGCCAGUUAGACGUGGUGGCCCAGAAGGUCUGUUAUGUUCAUGAUAAUAGCCAUGAGGCUAACAAAGACACAUUCAGUUUUGUCAUCAGCAAUGGUUUAUCAGAUAAAAAUGGUUCAUUGGAGUUUGCUAUUGAACACAGGGAUCGCAUACCUCCAACACUUAAUAACAACAAGGGACUCCAGCUUCUGGAAGGUGGCAUGCAUGUUAUCUCUUCUGAUGAUUUGGAACUAGCAGACCCUGACAGUCCAUUAGAGAAUCUGACAUUCAGAAUUACCCAACACCCUCAGCAUGGGACUUUAUACCUGAAGGAGGGCAUUCUGAACCACAACAACUUUACACAGAAGAAUGUAAACAACAUGGAUGUGUAUUACAAACACAACGGUGGCUCUGCUGAACUUGAUCGAUUCUACUUCACAGCUACAGAUGGAAAUAAUCCAGGAUUUUUAGUCAGUGGGUUAUUAAGGGAAGAUCCCAUAGCUUUUAUUAUACAGAUUGAACACAUUGACAAAGCUUCACCAAGAAUCAUUAUUAACAAAGUUGCAACCACAGUAGAACAACUGAAAGAUGGCAGAUCUGUAAUUUAUAUCACAUCAAAAAACUUGAAGGCAUCUGAUAUUGAUAGCAAAGAUGAAGACCUUAUUUUCACAGUUCUGCGAAUGCCAUACUAUGGAUAUCUAGAAAAUGCAAAAACAGGAAGUUACAUUGCAGGGAUGUUUACUCAGAAGAUUUUAAAUCAACGGUCACUCAGAUAUAUAAUAAACCCUUCCAACAGUGUGACUUUGGAUAGCUUUGAAUUCAAAGUAAUUGAUCCAGCUGGUAACACCAUUGUCCCAGAACUGUUUCAGAUGAAAUGGUCAAGAAUUGAAAUGUCUGAAACAUAUUACCAUGUCUGUGAAAAUAUUGGAACUCUCUCAAUCAAAGUUCAAAGGUCGGGAUAUAGUGAAGAUCCAUCUUUUGUUACAAUAAAGAUUCAGGAUGUUUCUACAAGAACUGGGUUGGAUUUUACUCACAGCAGGGCAAACUUAAUACAAUUUGAUCCAGGUGUCUUUACAAAGUCUUGGAAUGUAUUCAUUAAUGAUGACGGCUUGGAAGAAAACAAUGAAAAGUUUAAAGUACUGCUGAGUUCACCAAGAAAUGCAGUCCUGGCUGAAAGACACACAGCUACAGUGGAAAUCAUUGAUCCUAGAAGAGGAAACUGUGAUGCAACAGAUUUUACAAGUGAUACAGAAGUAUCAGAAAGAGAAAACGGUGGUGAAGAAUUUGUUUCGAGACUACAUUCAAACAACGGAACAAAGGGCGAACAGCAAGACAUAAGAAUCUCUAUAAUGACAGAGCAGCGCUUGAAGCAUUACACUAUACCUCACAGAGGCCAUGCAUUCCAACAACCCAGUUUUUCUGAACAUCAUGGAACAAAACUCAGAGAUGACCGAACUUUAGAGAUCACAAGGACACAAUUGCAAGCUAUUAAAAACAUCAAGGAGUACCAUAGCAUUGUACCUUUGAGGAUUGAAGAGCAAUAUGUUCCUCAGCUCAAUGCAAAGGUAACCGACAGCUGGGCCUGGUCAUCUUUUCCUUUCCACCUCGCUAGAACGCAUGACCUUCCUCAGAGAGAUUCUGCUUAUGAAUUGGAGGCCAUUCAAUCUGACAGUGACACAAAGGAGGCUCACACAGGGAGAAAAUGCCCCUCAAGGUGGGUUAUUCAUGGUGCACUCUGUUACCUUUUGAACUCAUAUAGGAACGUGACAUGGGAAGCUGCAGAAAAAGACUGCAAACAACAGUUCCAUAGCCACUUAACUAGUGUGCAUUCCAAGAAAGAGAUGAAAUGGCUUUGGAAGUUUGCAAAAAAACAACCAUUCUGGAUUGGUCUUACCUAUAAGAAUGAAAGUGACAGUUGGGAAUGGACCAAUGCAAGACCACUGUCCUUUAGUAACUUAAAAAAAAGGCAUAGGUCAUUGAAGAAUUUACUUCAGCCAAAAUGUGUUCUUGUACAGCAAAAGAACAAAUGGAUUCCAAAUGACUGUGACCUGGCUCAAAAAGCAGGAUACAUCUGUUCUUUUUCAGCAGCAAGACUCUAAGCUAGUGUUUGCUGUCUUAAAUGUACUGCACAUGGAUACUGUAGUAGGAAGAGGACAGAAUGAUUGUUAUUAAUGUAGAAUACUUUCACAGGUAUUAUUAAUGCAGAAUAUAUACUGAUGUAAAGUGCCAGUGCCUGUGGCAAACCAUACAAGUAAAUCACAACAUAAGACCCUAAUCAUUACUUUUCCAUUGCAUGUCAAUAUUACCUCACCUGAAACUGUUUUCAAAGAAGCUGAUGUUGAUCAUACAUACUUUUGCUCUGUCAUAUUGUUAUACAUAGUUUGUGUUCCAAUUCAAUUUGCUAAAUUUGCUGUUAUUUAUAUUCAUAUGCUAAUAAUCUGUUGAUGUGGCCCUUGAAACUUGACUCAUAUUGUGGAUCAUCCCUCACUAUAUGGACUAAUCAGCCAUGCUGUUUUGUCUCCAAAAGUCAAGCAUUAUACAGAUAUAAUAUUAUUGCUAGCAAUAGUUAGAAGAUGGUAUGGUUCUGCAAGCCAAGACUACUUAUAUAUAUUCUUCCAGAGAGGCAAAAAUAAGUGCUAUCUAUUCACACGGUGAGGACAUGUGCAAAGAUUUAGACAAAACAACAGGAGUUUUGAGAUAGAUCUUAUAUUCCAUGGCACCCAUUCUGAAUGUUUAGCCAUAAGUCAUAAGAGAAAUAAAAACGAAGACCAUUUAAGGAAAUUAAGUUCCUGCAUGCUGUAACUUUAACUUUUGUUAUUUGAUUCAUGCUGGGUAUUAAAAAAUAAACUAUGCUA